AUGGCUGCUCUCGGAGAGCAUACGCCACUCAACUGGCUAAUGGACUUCGAUCGUGCUAUGCAGGAGGUUUGGGACAAGGAGGUCCGAGUAUUGCUGUACAUCUAUAUGACAAUGGGGAAGGCCCUCCGCUUAUGGAUAAACACUGGGCUGCCUUGGGAACGCCGGACCAAGUACAAGGCUAUGGUGAACCGUCCGUGUUCUGAAGAUAGCUCCAUUUGCGUGAAGUCGUACCCGAUUACGAAGAAACGCGCGACCACAUCAAGCACUCCGUCUUUAAGCACAACGUCUUCGAGCACAAGGCCCUCCAGCACGACAUGCUCCAGCACGAUGACAGCACAAUGGGCAGCUUUAGAAACAGCGGAAUCGAAAGUGACUUUCGAAUUCGAGGACAUCCUUCCGGGUGGAUACCUCCCCGGUGGCCUCGAUGACUUGAAGUCAUUCAAGAAUGAGAAUGCUACACUGCACAUAAACGAGACGAAGAGCUAUUCGACUGUUCGCAAUUCCUUGCCUUCUAUCGAAUUCAAGCCAACAUAUAGAGAAUUGAUGUCCUCAUUUCUACUAUGGAGCCUCGCCAUCUAUGGUGUAUGGUCCAUCUUCGAAUACUGCAUCGCACCUGUCAUUCGCUGGUUAUUUCCCAGCGGUGGACAGGCUCCUCCACCUAUUCCUGCAACCCAGCCUCCAAAAAACGGCGGAAACAACGGCCCGCCUCCGCCUCCUCCUCCACCUCCACCACCUCCUCCGCCCGGUCCCCCUGGCCCGCCUGGCCCGCCCGGCCCUCCUGGUCCUCCCGGUCCUCCUUCGCAUGUGCCGGUACUUCCUACGUCGCCUGUUCUUUCCGACAACAACGCAUUCGUUCUUCUAGGUUCCACUCAGCCAACUGCAGACCAAUUGAAUAUUCUUUUCGCGCUUUUCGCCAUGUUGCUCAAUAGCCCACAACACCACGAGCGUCUCUGGGACUUGCUUGAUACAUUUAUUGAGCAGCGUCCUGCAAGACGUGCGACGCAAAAAGAUUUCGACACUGCUGGGCUUGACGAAGAUACAAUGAAACUCAACAACGCCGUGCGCGGAGUGUUCGGAGGCCGGAAGGAUCUAGUCUGCGUGUCGGGUCGAGCGAGAGCGCGAUUCAUGAGGGUGCAUGCGCCCUCAGCGUCAGAGGGGGAGAGCUCCCGGAUGCUUCACGACUUGGCUGCGAGACUGGCCAUUUUGCAGCGAGAAGUCAAGAACUUGCGUAACACUGGCCAUAAUUACCCGGAAGCUGGGCCGUCCCCAUCACACGGUGAAUCAUCGCACAAUGUCAGGGAUUUGCAAACGGAACUCAAAACAAUACGGGAAGAGCUUAAGAAGAAGCCUAGCAAGCUGCUCGUAGAUUCUCUUCGUACCGGUCUCAGACUGCAAGAAGAGGCUUUUGACAAGCACAAGAAGCGAGUUGCAGAGGAUCGAGCUUCGUUCGACUUUGCUAAGAACCUCCACGGCAAUGUAAAGGACCUUGAACGUCAGAACCGCGAGCUGCGGGACAGAAUUUCGGCACUUGAGGGAAAACGUAGUCGUGAAGCAGAAGACCAUGCAGAAGCUGAAGCGAGGCAGGCGUUGUUGUUCCAAAAACAACUGGCUCAGCAAGGUCGCCAAUACGCAGAGCAGCUUACGGCCGUGCAACAUCAGCUUGCCCUCGUCUUGGAGAGGUUGGACGACGGCCAAGCUCUGCCUACUACUUCUACGUCUUCUACAACGCCUGACAUAACCUCGCCAUCCACGACAACUCUUCCCAAAACGGACCGGCAAUCUGCGCGUCCUCCGCCAUCCGACGAUCUCCCUCUUGAGGAGCACGAGAGCUUUUCCACACAGGACGAGACUGUUCGACGCAACACCUCUGCAGGCCAAACCGAUGCUACAACCUAUACUUUUGCUGAAUUUCAAAACACCCAGCUUCAAGAGCAUGACAGUUCUGUGGAUGAUACCGGCGAAGCCAGCUCCGUGUCUAAGCCAAAGAGCAGGGGGAAGGCUAGAGCCUCCGAAGCGGAAGUCCGGCAGCAGGAGCUCGGCAGCAGAACCCGAAAACUCCCGCCACCUCCAUCCGUUUCCCAGCAGCCGAUUCAGAAGUUUACCUGCAUCAGCUGCGGAAAUGACUUCACAAUCACGCAUUUAAUGAAGACACAUGAUGGCGUCUCGGUCUGCAAUCGGUGUCAGGAGGAGCAACAGGCUAUUGCCGAGGACGCCAUUGCGAACAAGCUCAAUUCGGAUAACCAGCACAGCAGCGCUGGGGAUAACUUCAACCACUCGAGGCGACUCACGACUAUUGAGCCUGACUCUACACUACAUGUUGCCGAAGCGGGGCCGAAUGUCGCUGCGCUUCCAUUAAUAUCGCCAAUCAAACCAGAUUCUACCGCGCAGGGCAUAUCGGAAACUCCUACAAGUAACAUCGCCAUGGAUACCGCUCAACAAGCGCCAGACGACCCGACCGUCAGCGGUGUCUUAGCAGCUCAUGGGGCUCAGCAAUCCGAUGACAAGAAGGCUGCAAAUCAGGACACCAAUCAUUCUGGAGCAAUCUUUGGCCAAAGGGAGUGGCGGGAAUCCAGUGAGGAAGACGACGAGUCCGAAUCAGACAGUGAAAAUGAGGAUGAGGAUGAGGCCGGCCAAAGUGGCGCUGGUGUCGUCAACCCAGGGAAUGACGAGGACUUUGACUCUGAACUACUGUUUCGACUCAAUUCGGUAUCCUUUAGCGCCCCCGUCAAUGAUCAUUUCGGCCUAUCCAGACUCAUUAGUCAACCCGGUGCUGGCGUUGCAGGGGAGACACCGCCAAUUCUCUCUGCUGGGCAAGAUGAUACCGCUCGCCCCUCAAUCUCUACGGCCGUGCCCAACGCUGUGGAGGUGAGCCCGGAUACCCAGCCUCCAGCGACGUCUGCAUCUAUGGAGACUGCAGUUCAGGAUACCACAUCGAGCUCGGCUGGCAAUCGCGUUGGGGGUUCGGCUCCUCCUACACCAACUGUCAGAAGUAAACCGGCUGAAUCAUCGUCACCACUACCUGCACCCACAUCGUGGAGGCCGGAAGGCACCAUUACAGCAUCUGAUUUCUUCAGCGUUGCGCCUGAGCCAACUGCUCUUCGACCUCCCGCCGCAACAGCUCCUGUGAAGCUGUUCUCAUCUGCAGCAUCCUUAGCUCCCGUUGCGGCUACUCCGCGUAUUCCUACCCCCGCGAGCCAAGCUCCGCCUCUCAAUUUGACUAGUUUCGAUAUAUCCGGUCUAUUGAAGAAGCCGGAAGCCACCAAAGAGACUACGUCUAGGCCAGAGAGCGCUACGGCGCUCUUCAAAUUUGACUAUCCACCGAUCGCCGUCGAUUCUAGCACUGAUUUGAAGGCUGCGCCAUCAUCGUCACAAGCUGUGGACGCUUCAUCGUCGCAGGGUGGGCGUGGUCAGACAGCGGCGAGGGUGCCUGGAGAAGAGGAAGCCAUCAAUAUGUCCAAUAACGCCCCAACAACUACAAUCACUUUCCCUACCGCUACCGCUGGCAGGGGUCCCUCGACGAGCCCAAGAGCUGUACAGACCUCCUCGGAAGCUGAGCCAGUUACGACUCAGACAGGACCGACUCCAUCAAUAACUGGUCCUAUCGAUCUCUCUAGCAUGAUGAGUCAGCAAGGUAGUGAAUCUGGCUCCUCUAAACGAUCAGGCUCUGCUCUUGACCAAAACAAUGUCGACGCUCCUCAGCCUGAUGAGGACAUGAGUCAAGGCUUUGGGAGGAUCGAAACAACCUCCGAGGAGUUCAAGGGUCGCAAGAUCCGUCCGCUGCGAGGGUCCGGGCGAGCUACAGCUUCAGUUUCCGGUAACAUCGGUUUAACAGCUUCUAGCUCCCUUUCUCAGCAGUCGUCUUCUACUCUUCAGGCCGCUCAUGAUACCGCGAUUGGAGGCUCCACAGGAGACCCCAGCGCUACUCAACGGCCCAAACCCAUUGUUUGGCCUGAUGAUGGUUGGAGUGAUAGCGACGAGGAGGACCAUCAUGCGCAAUAUCCUCCUAGGCAGAGUAUUCCACUUGCUCCAGGCUCAGCCGCUCAGGCCCCCGAUCAGCCCGCAGGCCCUGUCAAUACUGCACCAAAUGCUGCUAUUUACACGUCUGUAGAAGAGUCUUACGGUGCCGCCACUGGCGAACACAAACAAGGCGUCCCCCCGACGGGCAAAACUGCGGGUGGAAGUGACUUUGACACCAGUAUGGCUGAUCCGCUUCCUGAAAGCGAGGAAGCAAGGAGGUUACAUGAUUGGGUGGAUCAGGACAUGGCAGCAAUGGCUGAUGCACAAGAUGAGACUUUUGGCACUCUUUCAGAUAUCGACAUGAACGUCGCCGCAGCAUUCGAUCUUCUGAAUAGCCCGAGCUUUGAUGCUGAUCUUCAGAAUGGCCUCUACGACGUUCCAGGUACCACUACUGGACAACCAGGCCCACCAGAGUACCUAGAGGAUAUCGAUAUGGCCUUUUACCCUCCUGCUUCCUUCACGAACCUAGGACCCGAGCCUCAGCCUUUCGACCAGAGCUUUGCGCAGCCAAGGUCAAUGGCCUCAGUGUACAGCGGCCCAAACUUCGAGGGACAAGCAGGCGGGUCCAAUGUGGUCACAUCUUCAACGGUGCUGCCUGCUAGGGGCUUUCCAGGCUACGGAUUCCAGAACCUCGCGUCCAACGGCGGUGCCAGUUCUUUUGCGCUCCUUAACACCGCCUUUGCGAACUCGCCUCGAAAUCACGAGACGUCUUCAGCACGCUCUUUCUCGCCCCUUCAAUCGCCGAGGAGUCUUCCAUCAAAUUCAGAACCCUCCUUCUCGCCCCCUCAAUCGCGGAGUAGUUCUCCUUUAGGCGCUAUUCGUUCUGCGCACGUACCGCAGCUCGAGUAUGGUGAGAACGAUGAGGCUGAGCUUGGCAGCUUAUACGUGGAGAGCUCGGACAACGAUGACUCUGACGAGUCUGUUAUGAUGGAAGAUGUAGAAGACUUGGGUGGUGUGGAAGAUGUGCCUAUCAAUUCAGGCGACCGUGAUACCCGCACCAGCGCUGAGUAUGACGUCCCAAGCCGCAGCGAUCUUAGCCAAGGCAACGUCGGACCCAGCAACAGCGCCCACACUUACUCCCCUCCCGAGCCGCCACCAGCUAGUCGAGACCAGGAGGACUUCUACGACGAGGGCGAGCCUAGCGAAGACCCGGACUGCGACCACUACAGCCAGUCAAACCCAGCCAAGCGUCGUAGACAGAUCGCAGCUUCUCUACCCCCCGAGCCACAAGCCUCAUCCGACGAAGAUGACUCGGAUGGGUCUGUUGAGUGGGAAGAUGGGCUUCCCAAUUCCGCCCUCCCUAUCCGUCCCUUCUUGCCGCCCUCGGAGCCGGUGUGGACCGAUGACCACAACGACAUCACGUGGGGCAGAUCUCGCGAGCGCGUACUCAACGACCUCUUUGCCGCUUACAACCAGGCUAACGAUGCGCACGACACAGGUAUCAGUUCGAAGAUAUUGGAGACUAUGGCGCAGGAACGCGAGCAGAUGCUGGUAACGGGUGUCCAGCUUGUAGCCCCAGAGUGUCAGGAGGAGGUGUAUUUGGAGUUGGCGAGUGACGCGGAGGAGAGCAUUACGGAGGCGACGGAAAAACGGUGGAGGAUUACGCUGGAGGGGCGGCUAGUGGUCUCGUCCCCAGUGAUGGAACUGGACUGGGUUAACUUGGAGCCGGGUUGGCGCUCCAUAGCUUUUCUCUCUCAACGUAGAAGUCGUGGUGUUGAGACCUGUUCCCCUGUGAAAUCUCUUGCCCGCUCGAUGCCCGUUUUUGAAGCUAUUCGCACGCCAGCUCAACACCAUAUCGCUAUGGCCAAUACCGCGCCCGUUGACGAGGCCGUACGCCCUCAGCGCUCUAUCACCAGCUUCCUUGGUAUACGCCAUACAGCCCUGGUUACUGACAACGUUAUCCUAGCACCUUCUUCAAUUAAUAUAGCCCGUGAGGAAGCCGACGAGGUGACGCAGUUUCGAAUCGCUGGAAAAACCUAUAUCCGUUGUAAACACCUCACACAAGCGCCUCGCCACACUAAGCAGCGCACGUCGCAUAUAUGGAGAUGGGGAGAGGAUAUACAAUGGAAGGACGGGACAAUUGGACAACCGGACGUUUAUUACUGCUAUCUUUGUGAGCGUGCAAAGCGAAGCCAGGAUUUACCUGUGGUCUCAACCGGUAGAGGAACUGCUGCGGAUUAUCUUGUGAAGAUGCAUAAGAUGGAUAAGAAGUCGGGCGAGCUAUGUACUGCUGCGCAAGGCCCUAUUCUGCAGUUUAAAUCCGCUAGGGCGCUUUAUAUAGCUACGAACUUUAAGUCCUUAAAGCGCUUACCGCCGAUGAGCAAUAAAUAUAAGAGGCUAUUCAGCAGCGCAUCUAUAUUGCUGGAUAAGCGUAGGAGACGCCUUGGAAUAGAUAUAAUUGAGGCAAAUAAGUGCCUACAGUUAUUCUACGGCCCUCCGCCUACGGAUGCAUUUAAUAAUGCAGAUCAUGCCGCGUUGCUUGGUGCAUCGCGAGUAUCACCAGCUUCGUUGGCCGAGCAGGUGGAGGAGCGAUUGAGGGCAUCACAACGCGAGGAAGCAAACGCUAUGGCCGCCGACGGCGACGACGAGGCGCUGGCGGAGCAGGAACUACGUGAGGCCGAAGAGGAGGCUAUAUUAGAGGGCCCUGCACCACCUACUGAGGUUGUAGAUGCAGAUGAGGAUAAUAUGGUGUUGAGUGAUGGCUCGGGAUCGCAAUUUAGGUAG